AUGUCCGAUAUACGACAUCGAGUGCCGGCCGACCCAUCCGGGUCGUCCGACGCGAGCGAAGAACCUCCAUUAACCGAGAAGGACAAAAAUGCUGGCCUGAAGCAUGGAGUUGCCAUGCAGAUACUGCGAUCUCUGCUGCUCGCAACGUGGUUCAACGGUUGCUGUGUUUGUAUAUUCAUAACCCAGCUCAUCGGAGCGCCGCUAUACUUUGUCAAUAAGGACUAUUACUACGCUUAUAUGGCUAUGACGAAGCAAUGUUUUGGAAUUCUCAUCAUCACCAUCACCCAGUGGGGUGCCCCGACAGUAGUCCGUGUCAGCGGCGAUGAGUCGGUCAAAGGGCAGAUACAGCUUACUUCCAGCGGGUUGCUCAAGACGAACUUUCCGGACCGCCUUGUAUUCGUUGCGAACCAUCAAGUAUAUACAGACUGGCUGUAUCUGUGGUGGGUGAGCUAUACAUCCCGUAUGCACGGCCAUAUCUACAUCAUCUUGAAGGAAUCGCUCAAGAAGAUACCUGUCAUCGGUCAAGGAAUGAUGUUCUAUGGCUUCAUCUUCAUGGCUCGUAAGUGGGAAUCGGAUAAGCCUCGCUUGGAGCAUCGUCUCCAGAAAUUGAAGACGAGACACGCUGGCCCCAUGUCUGGCUCACAGAGCUUGGAUCCAAUGUGGCUGUUGAUAUUCCCAGAGGGAACUAACCUUUCCAUCAACACAAAGAACAUCAGCAACAAGUACGGCGAAAAGAUGGGCGUUGCUCCUCUCAAGCAUAUGAUUCUUCCGCGGUCCACAGGACUACUAUUCUGCUUGCAGCAAUUACGAGGUACCGUAGAUUUUGUGUAUGACUGCACUGUAGGCUACGAGGGUCCACCGAAAGGCAUAUAUCCUGACAAAUAUUUCACCUUGCGAUCUACCUAUGGUCAGGGUCGUCCCCCCAAAUCCGUCAACAUGUACUGGCGACGCUGGGCCAUGGCAGACAUUCCAUUGGAUGACCCGAAGGCGUUUGAGCAAUGGCUCUUGGAGCGCUGGAGAGAGAAAGAUGCUUUGCUUGAUCAGUUCUUUGAGACUGGGCGGUUCCCGACUUCUUUAGACUCCUCCAUCGAGACACAAAACAUCCCCGCUAAACAGAAAGAUGAGGCAUCUCGUGGUUAUGUUGAAACGGAAAUAGAGCUGUCCCGCCGGAUAGAAAUUGCGCAGAUCUUCACUGUUCUGCUAUUAGUUGGAUUCCUUUGCAGGAUGUUUUGA